AUGGCUCUCAUAUCUUAUCUUGAGAUAUGUCGUGCUCGAAAUGAACUUCAGCAAAUGAAAUCAAUUAAGCAUAGAUUAAAGAAAGGAAAAUAUAUUCUUCGUGUUACAGAUAAAAGUGGUAUAUUUCAUAUUGGUCAUGCAAUAGAUUAUGAAAAGAAAGCAGAAGCUUAUCGACAAAAUACUGGAGCUUAUAUUGAAUUAGAAUUUAAUCCAUUGUGGAUAGUAUUUGAUAAAGUUGUUCAUUUACUCAAUGAUCUUCGUAAAAAAAGACACAUUCUAUCAUGGCAACUUGACAAAAUGAUGCCAAAACGAGAAACAGUUGAACUGCCUUAUUUAUAUUUCAUUCCUAAACCACACAAAGAAGGAACACCAUUAAGACCUAUUGUCUCAUCAAUGAAUACACCAACAACUGGAAUAUCAAGGUUUUUAGAUAAAUUAAUUCGACCAUUAUUUGAUAAACAUGUCCGAUCAACAACAAUAAUUGAUGGAGUUAAUUUAAUUCGUCGUUUGGAAAGAUAUACAGCAAAUGGUUAUCUUAAACCAACAACUUAUCUAUGCAUAUUUGAUAUUACAGAUUUAUAUACAAUGUUACCACAAGAAGAAUCACUUGAUAUUCUAACUGAAUUUCUUCUUCAAUAUGGUUACCGUGAAGUAAAACACAUUCCAAUUGAUGCUAUUCGAAAAUUAGCUUGUAUUGUCAUCACACAAAAUGUUUUCAUCUAUGAAAAGAAAUUCGAUCGACAAAUUAUUGGUGGUGCUAUGGGAUCAGCAUUUACAUUAACUCUAGCCAGCAUUUUCAUGUGGAAAUAG